GGACUAUGUCGGUCAGCUCGUCCGUCUACGAUUACAGAUAUGAGAACGGACGCAGGUACCAUGCCUACUCAGAGGGGACAUAUCUCGUUCCAAACGAUGAACUAGAGAAGGAUCGGCUCGACUUACAACAUCACACCUUUAGACUGACUGUAGACGGUGCUCUCUACAUAGCUCCCAUCCCGAAAGACGUCCAAAAUGUCCUUGACGUAGGCACGGGCACGGGCAUCUGGGCAAUCGAAUUUGCCGACGAGCAUUCUAGCGCUACAGUACUUGGCACCGACCUGAGUCCUAUCCAGCCAGACAGCGUCCCUGCAAACUGCAGUUUCCUAAUCGACGACGCCGACCAUGAGUGGCUCUUCCGAACCAAAUUCGACUUCAUCCAUGCCCGUGCCAUGAUGGCUGCCUUCAAAGACUGGCCACGCUUCUUCCAACAAUCUUUCGCUAAUCUCAAUCCCAACGGGUUCCUUGAACUACAGGAGUUCCACCUCCCCCCAAUCUGCGCCUCCAACGCCUCCCUCAACACUUACCCCGCAAUUUCCCCAAACCCCAUCAUAGCAUGGGGCCAGCAUCUCUCCUCGGCUGGCUUAAAGAUCGGCCUCGAUUUCUCCGCCGCGGCCUCCUUCGGCCUCUUACUGCAAGCCGCCGGCUUCGUCGACAUCCACCAGAGGAAGCUGAAGUGGCCGUACGGGCCCUGGGCUAAAGGCGACAAGUUCAAAUUAUUAGGGAAGUAUGCGAGGCAGGAUUUGAAUGAUGGGUUGGGGAGUAGUACGUUGGCGCUCUUUACGCGGGUGCUGGGGUGGAGUAGGGAGGAGGUGGAGGUGUUUAAUGCUGGGGUGAGGAAGGAGUUAAGAGAAGGGGUUGAGGGUGUGUGGCAGAACGUGGUCUUCUGGUAUGCACGCAAACCGGUUCCGGGUGAGGAUGUGGGCGAGCAGACUAUUACGGUUGAGCAGACGGAGCUGGAGAUCGAUGAGGAGUUCCUUGCGGGACGGCGGAAGAAGAUGGAGGAUGCUAAGGUGACAUCGACGCAGGCUGAAUCUUCGGAUUCCAUAAGGAAGGGGUAUGAGGUGCCGAGCUCAUAAAAUAAGGCGUAAACUUCAUAAACUACCACUUGGCAUUUACAUUUACGUGGACAGUACGCGCACGGAGCCUCUUCAGUACUCAAUGACGUCGUAUAGUCCGCGCUUCCCUAAAUGGCAACUCUUGGCCGCCAAGACUCGCGCAGCUGUUGAACGUAGAGCCUCUGAAUUUUUGGCGAUUUCGAGGCCACAACCACCUUUCUGCACAUAACUCAACAACCACACCUUGUACUACAAAUUUGAAAUCGGGACUGGACUCUUCUAGGUACGUAGAAUGACUCGUGAAAUUUUGGA